AUGGAAAUCGCCAACGCAGUGGGGACUACUCCUGGAGUAGCCCGAAAUCCGCGAAUUAUGGAAGGAGUAGGAGCACGGGUAGUCAGAGGCCCUGAUUGGAAAUGGGGAAAGCAGGAUGGUGGUGAGGGUCAUGUAGGCACAGUCCGAAACUUCGAAUCUCCAGACGAAGUCGUGGUAGUUUGGGACAAUGGUACAGCAGCAAACUACCGAUGUUCCGGCCAAUACGAUUUAAGAAUCCUGGACAGCGCUCCUACUGGCGUGAAACAUGAAGGUACUAUGUGUGACACAUGCCGUCAACAACCGAUUUUCGGCAUUCGAUGGAAAUGUGCCGAAUGUGGAAACUAUGAUUUGUGUUCUGUGUGCUACCACGGAGAUAAACACCAGCUGAGGCAUCGCUUUUAUAGGAUAACUACGCCUGGGAAUGAAAGGGUUUACCUUGAAACACGUCGGAAGACGAAAAAAAUUGCUAUUAGAGGAAUUUUUCCUGGAGCUAGAGUUGUGCGAGGAGUUGACUGGCAAUGGGAGGAUCAGGAUGGAGGAAAUGGAAGGCGUGGAAAGGUUCAAGAAGUUCAAGAUUGGUCUGCAGCCAGCCCUAGAUCCGCAGCAUACAUAGUUUGGGAUAAUGGUUCCAAAAACUUAUAUAGAGUUGGGUUUGAAGGAAUGGCAGAUUUGAAGGUAGUAAAUGAUGCCAAAGGUCAAAACGUCUAUCGAGAUCAUCUACCUUGUUUGGGCGAACACGGUCCUGGAAGAAACGCUCCUCCUGGAUUAAAGAUUGGAGAUCAGGUUAACGUGGAUUUAGAACUGGAGAUUGUACAGUCAUUACAACACGGCCACGGUGGUUGGACUGAUGGCAUGUUCGAGUGCCUAAAUAGUAUUGGAACCGUGGUAGGCAUCGACGAAGACCACGACAUUGUAGUAGCCUACAAUAGCGGCAAUAGUAGGUGGACUUUUAAUCCAGCCGUGUUGACGAAAGUAGCGACUCCAACGAACUCUGCCGGAUUUAACGAAACCCCCCAACAACAAUUCGCAGUCGGGGACGUGGUACAGAUAUGCAACGAUAUGGAAAGAGUAAAGAUGCUGCAGAGAGGUCAUGGCGAUUGGGCAGACGGAAUGGCAGCCACUCUGGGCAAAGUUGGCCACGUGCAACAAAUCUACAACGACAAUGACCUAAAAGUAGAAGUAUGUAACACCACAUGGACCUACAACCCUUUAGCAGUGACAAAACUUGCCAGUAAAGACGGUACCAUGCACGGAACCACGUCUGGCGAACGAUUAAGUGCUCUGCUGAAGAAAUUAUUCGAGACUCACGUAUCUGGUGAUGUUAACGAAGAAUUGGUCAAGUGUGCUGCCAACGGUGAUUCACAAAAGUGUGAAGAAGUGUUGAAACAAAGCAACACAGCUGGGGCUGGAAUAGGUCCCGACGUCAAUGGAGUUUUUGCAGGCCACACAGCACUCCAAGCCGCCAGCCAGAACGGUCAUCUAGAAGUCAUCUCGGUGCUUCUUCGUCAUCACGCCGAUGUCGAAAUCGAAGAUAAGGACGGGGACCGAGCAGUCCAUCAUGCCGCUUUCGGAGAUGAGCCUGCAGUGGUCCAGCUGUUGGCUCACGCAGGUGCCGAUCUGAACGCUAGGAACAAAAGAAGACAAACUGCGCUGCAUAUUGGUGUGAAUAAGGGGCAUAUAGGCGUCGUCAAGAUGUUGCUGGAUCUGCAGUGUCAUCCUAGUUUACAGAAAAAAAUUCAAUUCCUGUUCAUAACAUUUUUAACCCUUUAA